UGCUGUCAAAAGGGGACAAAACCAAACAAUAAAAGCACAGAAACGGAGGAGAGGACGCUAGAUUUUAACGUGAACAUUUUUCCUAGAAUAACGAGACAAACUUGCCUACGUUCGGUGUUUUAAGUGAUGAUCAACAGUCGUUGAAUCCGGCAGGAUGUAUAUUAAAUCGAUCAUCAUCGACGGCUUCAAGUCGUACGGCAAACGAACGGAGGUUCACGGUUUUGAUCCGGAAUUUAAUGCCAUCACCGGUUUGAAUGGAACCGGAAAAUCCAACAUUCUAGAUUCGAUUUGCUUCGUGCUGGGAAUAUCCAAUUUGGUUCAUGUUCGAGCUACUUCCCUGCAGGAGUUGGUUUACAAAAGUGGUCAGGCGGGUGUGACUAAAGCAACGGUGACGCUGGUGUUCGAUAACACCGAUAAGGAUCAGUGUCCGCUUGGAUACGAGAAGUGCAAUGAAAUCUCAAUCACCCGGCAAAUCGUCGUGGGUGGAAAGAACAAGUACUUGAUCAAUGGAAAAACGGUCCAAAACAAGAAAGUGCAGGAUCUGUUCUGCUCGGUGCAGCUCAACGUAAACAAUCCGAACUUUUUGAUCAUGCAGGGACGUAUCACGAAAGUGUUGAACAUGAAGCCGCAGGAAAUUUUGUCAAUGAUCGAGGAGGCGGCUGGAACCAGUGUGUAUGAGGCCAAGCGAGAGCACUCGAUCAAGCUGAUCGAGAAGAAAGAUGCUAAGCUGAACGAGUUGUACACGGUCCUCCGGGAGGAAAUCGAGCCAAAGCUGGACAAGUUGCGCAAGGAGCGAGCGCAUUAUAUCGAAUAUCAAAAGAUCUGUCGAGACAUUGAGUAUUUGACUCGUUUGUACAUUUCCCACAAGUAUCUGCAACACGUAAAAUCGGUAGAAAAUUCCGAGAAGAGCAUUGCAGCUCUGAACGAUGUGAUCGAUAAAAAUCGGAAGAAAAUUGAAAGCAAUAUCAACGAAAGUAAAGAAAUUGAAGCCAGCGCAAGGGUACUGCAGGAAACUAUUGACACGGAGGGGGGAGGAGUUUUGACCGAGUUGGAGGCAGAAUUGAGUGCUGAGAGCAAAAAAGAAGCGACCGCUUCAGCGGAACGAAAUAGCACGAAAGAUAGUAUCGGAGUGGAGCAAAGAAAACUAAAGAACCUUCUUAAAAGUAUUAAAGACGAUGAAUCUGCUCUCGGUAAAAAGGAAGCGGAGAUGCAACGAACGGGAGACAUGUUUCAAAGCCUUAAAGAUGCAGAUGAAGCCGACGCAAAAGCAUUUGCCGAUGCUCAGAAGCGAUUCGAGGCCGUAAGCGCCGGUUUGUCAACCAAUGAAGAUGGUGAAGCUGCCACGUUACAAGAUCAGCUGAUGGGUGCCAAGCAGAAAGCGGCAGAGUCGGCUACAUCAAUCAAACAAAGCGAAAUGGAGUUGAAACACUGUCAGCAGAUGUUGAAAGAAAGACAGGGAGAGAUGAAUUCGAGCGAUGCUGCCUAUUUGAAUGACAAGAAGAAACUCACCAAAACCGAGGGUCAGAUCCAAUCCUUAAGCGUUGAAUUGCAAAAGAUCGACUACGAAGAGGGAAGUAUUGAGCAGUUGCAAGGGCGGAAGCAGGCGUUAUCUCAAGAAAUUCGUCAUCUCCGGGGGGAACUUGAUCGCAGAAACGCCUACCGCUGGGAGUUUCAGUAUCGAGAUCCUACGCCGAAUUUCGAUCGUUCUGCGGUCAAAGGAAUGGUGGCCAAACUGGUGACUGUUCGGGAUAAGAAAUAUGCCCUCGCCUUAGGAACGGCAGCCGGAGGCAGUCUGUACAGUGUUGUUGUCGACACGGAUACCACCGGUAAAUUACUGCUACAGAAAGGUCAACUUCAAAGCCGAACCACGAUGGUGCCACUGAAUAAAAUCUCCGGUCGAUCGAUUGAUCAAAGUACGGUACGGGUUGCGGAUGGUCUGGUGGGACGAGGGCGAGCCGUUACUUCUUUGUCCUGUAUUGACUACGACCGGGAGCUAGAACCGGCGAUGAAGUUCGUUUUCGGUCACUCGUUCCUGGCCGAAGAUAUGAAUGUGGCCAAACAGGUAACCUACCACCGGCAGAUCAUGUGCCGAACGGUAACGCUGGAUGGUGAUGUGGUUGAUCCCAGCGGAACGCUAUCCGGUGGUGCCAAACCGAAGGGUGGUACCGUACUGCUGGAAGUGGAGGAGAUUAACAACAUCCAGCGGGCACUGGCGCAGAAGGAGGCAGAAUAUCAGCAAGUGUGUGCGGAGAUUGGCAAAUUGGAACGCGUCUCGCAACGCUACAACCAGCUGAAGGAACAGCUCGAUCUACUCAACUACGAGCUAAACAGCUUACAGCAACGGUUGGCUCAAACCACUUUCCAACAAGCACAGCAGGAAAUUGAAGAGUUGAAACAGAAAAUCGAAACUCUAAAGCAGACCAUGGUUGACGCACGUCAGACACAAACCCAGGCCAAUGCCAAGGUGAAGGACCUUACGGCGAAGAUUGCCGACAGCAAGGGACACCGGGAGCGGGAGUUGAAGGCGGCCGAGGAUGAUAUGAAGCGGCUGAAGAAGAAAAGUGAGGAAAGUCGUAAGGGUUGGAAGAAACACGAGCAAGGUUUCGAAACGUUGAAGCUGGAAAUUGAAGAACUGCAGAAAGGGAUUGCUACGGCUAAGGAACAGGUUGUUAAACUUGAGGAACAAAUAGCGGCAUUACAGGAGAAGUUGCAAAGCGCUAGUGAGAACAGUGAAGAGAGGGCGGCUGCGGUGGUUGCCGUGAAGCAGAAGAUUAAAGAACACAAGGACAAAAUCAACAGCCAGAAUAAGGAGUUGAUAGCAAAGUACCAUCACAGGGAUAAAUUGCUGAAGCAAAAUGAGGAACUGGAGCUGGACAUUAAGAAGAAGGAGAAUGAAAUCCAAAAGGUUAAGAAUGACAACAAAGAUGGUUACAACAAGAUCUCCGCUUUAGAAGAAAAAUAUCUUUGGAUCAAAGAGGACAAAGAAUUCUUCGGGGCGAAAAAUACAAGGUACGAUUAUAACAAAGAAGAUCCACAGGAGGCAGGUCGCAAGUUAAGCAAGCUGCAGGAUUCGAAAGAGAAGAUGAGCAGAAAUAUUAAUCAGAAAGCGAUGGUUCUGCUGGAGCGGGAAGAGGAACAAUACAAAGAGGUGAUGCGUCGCAAACAGGUCGUGGAGGACGACAAAAAGAAGAUUCAGAAAAUCAUUACCGAUUUGGACGAGGAAAAGAAGAAACAGUUGAAGGUGGCAUGGACGGAGGUGAAUGAGAAUUUCGGUAGCAUCUUCAGCACUUUACUACCGGGAACGCAAGCCCAGCUAGUUCCGCCAGAUGGAUCAAACUUUAUGAAGGGUCUGGAAGUUAAAAUCGGUUUCAACGGUAUGUGGAAGGAAUCUUUGACGGAACUUAGUGGCGGGCAGCGUUCGCUAGUAGCCUUGUCGUUAAUCUUGGCUAUGUUAAAGUACAAACCGGCUCCGUUGUAUAUUCUGGACGAAGUGGAUGCUGCUUUGGAUCUGUCGCAUACGCAGAACAUUGGAAACAUGUUGAAAAAGCACUUCACCAACUCGCAGUUUGUCAUUGUGUCGCUCAAGGAUGGCAUGUUCAAUAACGCGAAUGUGUUGUUCCGAACGAAAUUCGUAGAUGGGAUGUCCGCCGUUACAAGAACGGUUAACGUGGCGCAAAUGAAAAAAGCCGGUAGGUGAUUUUGGAAAGAAUCGAAAGAACGUUCGCUGACGAUUAAUUUAAGGAGUACAAAAUGUAGAUUUGAUGUUGUAGUAAGUUUGCGAAAUUUUCUAAUAAAAUCAGACAUGCAAU